AUGUCUCUCGCUUUCCUCGUCGCUUUCCUUUCCAUAACAAUAUCCGCGUCGACGCCGACGGUACAAAAUUUAGUAAACACCGAGGUGAUAGAAUAUCUGCAGAAAUAUGGUUACCUGAAAGAGGUGGACGUAACCACUCACACGUCGAUCGAAGAUGAAGAAAUUAAACAGGCUAUCGCAUUAUUCCAAGAAUACUAUCAAAUACCAGGUAACGGUGCGUUGAACGAUAAUACAUUACGUCAAAUGCGACAACCGCGAUGUGGGUUACCAGAUAUGUCACACCAGGAACAAAAUAGUGUUGUAGCGAAAUGGAGAAAAACGCAUCUUACGUGGAACUUCCACUUGGCAGACGCAGAUACAUUGAAAACUACGGCACACGCAUUCUCCGUAUGGGAAGCGAACACAUCUCUAACAUUUGAACGUCAAACGUUAAAUCCAGACAUUUUAAUAUCGUACCGCGAAGGAUUUCAUACAUACGUCGAUAGCAGACGCAAAGAGAUCUGUUCCGGUUUGUUCGACGGACCUGGUGGAGUACUCGGACAUGCGUUUUCACCUACGAACGAUCUCGUGCAAACCACAGAGAUACACAUAGACGGAUCGGAACAAUGGCAUAUAUAUUUAAACGAAAAUAUACCAGACAACAAAGUGCAAUUGCUUUACACGUUAACGCACGAGAUCGGACAUUCAUUGGGAAUGUCGCACAGUACACAUAGAGAUUCCAUAAUGUUUGCUUACGUCACCAAUAAUACCGUUAAACUCAGCCUAGAGGACAGUUUAGCUAUUCAACGUCUGUACGGAAUAAAAAAUCGUAAUGUAGUGCCGAGUACACGAUCGCCACCGGUAACAACUAAUACAACGAAAACAACAUCAAACAAAAGAGAUCUGUGCGAUCUACAGUACGUAGACAAUGUACUGGUGUUGAAUCAUCGCAUUUUCGUUACCUAUCUAAACACCAUGUGGAUGAUAGACGUCAACGGUAAGAAGUACAAAGGACCAAUCGCAAUCAACGAUUACCUUCGUUUUCUUCCGGCGAAUGUUUCCAUAAACGCUGCGUAUCAACGACCAUCUGGAGAAAUUGUAAUAUUCGCGGAUAAUCAAAUUUACAUGAUAGACUAUCCGAGUUUACGAUUGAAGGACGGUUGGCCGAAACGACCAUUCGACUUAAAGUUACCCACGAACAUGCACGUUAACGCAGUAUUGGUCACCAAUAGAGGACAAACGUACGUGAUCUUCAAUGACGAUAGCGUAGCAUUACUGAACGAAUGCGAUAUGACCAUUAACGGAUAUCACACGUUACAGUCGAUAUUUCCAGGAAUACCGCCAUCUCCUACUCUAGCCUUCCGAUAUAUCGACGGUUCUCUUUAUUUCCUACACAGACGUCAAUAUUACAAAUUUAACGAAUUCACCAGAACGGUAACGAAUGCUGAUAAAUUCGACAUGAAAAUACUCAAUGUUAAUUGUCUCACAGACGGAUUACUCAAGCAAUUGCAGGAUCUUCUUACUCGACUGCUCCAAUCAAGUAAUUCACUCACAAGCACCGCGUUGAAUACAGAGGACGAUUAA